AUGUCGUCCGUCGCAGUCGCCGAGAAGACCCCUGAUGACUCGUCCAAGCUGAAGACGUUUCUGUCCAUCCUACGCAAGUUCGUGGGUGUGACAGAUAUCGCCUCGGUUCGUUUCUCCCUACCGGCUCAACUACUGGAGCCUCGACCGAACCUGGAAUACUGGAACUAUUUGGAUCGACCGGAGACCUUUGCAAGCAUCGGAAAAUCGGACGAUGAACUCGGUCGCAUGCUGGAAGUGUUGAGAUUUUGGUUCACCAAGGACCUGAAAUACAUCAAGGGGAAGCCAUGCAAGCCAUAUAACUCAACCCUGGGUGAAUUCUUCCGAUGCAGCUGGGAAGUGCAGGACAACGUCCCCGAGGAAGUGAAUCUGCCCGGUGUCAACGCAAACGGCAAUAGCUCUACUGUCGACGAUGGAAACCAGCAGGUCAAGGUGUGUUAUUUGACUGAGCAGACCUCUCACCACCCGCCGGUCUCGGCUUUCUACAUUGACUGCCCCGAACGGGGUGUUUCAGCCCGAGGCUUCGACCAGAUCAGUGCCAAGUUUACCGGUACGAGUAUUCGGGUAAGCCCUGGCCAACACAAUCUGGGCAUCUUCGUCACUAUCGAGAAAAGAGACGAGGAGUAUCAGUUGACUCAUCCGGAUGCACACCUCGGUGGCUUAUUACGCGGUGCGCUAUCAAUCUCAGUGGCGGAUACUUGCUACGUCACUUGUCCAAAGACCCGGAUGAAGGCAAUUUUGCAGUACGUUGAGGAGGGAUGGAUUGGCCGGACCCAGAAUAAGCUGGAGGGCGUGAUCUUCCGCUACGAUCCCGACAAUGAUCAUAUCACCCGCCUGAAAGACGUGGCGGAAAGUGAUCUUCUUGCUCGUAUCAGUGGAUCCUGGCACGGUAAGAUCUACUACACUCCUGCGGGGUCCAAGGAUGCCCGUCUUCUUAUUGACAUUACGCCUCUCUUCCCCGUGACCAAGAUCUUGCCCCCGGAUGAGCAGCAACUCCCCAACGAGUCCCUCAGGUUUUGGUCAGAAGUCACGAAUUCUAUUGUGAGCAAGCAAUUCACCCAGGCAACGAAAGUGAAGCAGGAUAUUGAGGAGAGGCAGCGACAGCGGGCGGCUGAGCGCAAAGAAAAAGAGGUGGAGUGGAAGCCACGUUUCUUUACUGGGGCCGUGACGCCCCUGGGCAAACCUGAGUUGACUGAGGAGGGACAGAGGGCGCUGCAGGGAAUUCGAGCAGGCGAUUACACCUUAAAGGAAAGUGAAGUGCAGGGUGCAUAG